AUGAGCAAAAAAAGUAUACACAAAAAGAGGCAAAUUUUAACCAACGAGGGAAUUGGAUUUGAUUGGGAUGUUUCUCCUAAUUAUUUCAAUAAAAAUAACAGUGAAUCGGAAGAUUCUGACAAAGACGAAGACAAUGAACCGAAAAAGAAAAAAAUACGCAAGUUAAAUAGCUCUCAACGACGUGAAGAGCAAAGGCAAGAAGAACUAAGACUUAGAAAAGUUGAAGAAGAAUUAACUCAAAUUGAAACAAAUCCACAAAAUGCCGAUCACUUUGACAGAUUAGUGUUGUCUAAUCCCAACAGCUCAUUUAUUUGGAUUAAAUAUAUGUCUUGCCAUUUACAAGCUACCGAAGUCGAAAAAGCAAGAGCAAUAGCCAAAAGAGCAUUGUCUGUAAUUGAUUCUAGAGAAGAACAAGAAAAACUAAAUAUUUGGACUGCACUUUUAAAUUUAGAAAAUUUAUAUGGCACUAAGGAAUCAUUUAAACAAACAAUGGAUGAAGCAUUACGUUCAAAUGACGAAUAUCAGAUUUAUAUAAAAAUAUUGGAUAUAUAUGCAGAAUCUAAUAAGUUAAAAGAACUUGAAGAAUUAAUCACAAAAAUAAACAGAAAGUUUCGUGAUUCUCUUGAUGCUUAUCUACAUUGUGCCACUGUGUACUUCAAACUGAAUAAAUCUGGCAAAGCAAGAUUUAUUUUACAAAAGGCAUUGUCAAAUCUUCCAACCAAAUCACGUAUAUAAAUUUAUGUAUUAAAU